ACACAGCAGACGCAUGCUGAUUGGACAGCAACGGUAUGUCGUCACCGGCUCAUACAAACAAACUAGCAACAGUUUAAUCAACAGCCUGUGUCCAGAAGACAGUCAUGCGACGAAAAAAACUUUUCUAAACUGCUCGUAAGACUUUUUGCGUCUCUAAUCACAUUGACGGAAGCAGCACAAUUGUUAUUAGAGUUGUAAUCACAAGAUGAAUUUCUCUGAGGUUUUCAAGCAAUCCAACCAACUCUGUAAAAUUUCCCCAGAUGGGAAAUAUUUGGCUACCUGUGUGCAGUACAGGCUGGUGGUACGAGAAGUGAGCACCCUGCAGAUUCUGCAGCUCUACACCUGCCUGGACCAGAUAUCCCACAUGGACUGGUCUUCUGACUCUCUCUUUAUCCUCUGUGCUAUGUACAAAAGGGGACUGGUACAGGUGUGGUCUCUAGAACAGCCGGACUGGCACUGUAAGAUUGAUGAGGGCUCAAUCGGACUAGUCUCCUCGCGCUGGAGUCCAGACGGACGUCACAUUCUCAACACCACUGAGUUCCAUCUGAGAGUCACCGUCUGGUCCCUGUGCACCAAAGCUGUGUCUUACAUCAAGUAUCCCAAAGCAUGCCAGAAGGGUAUUGAUUUCAGCAAAGAUGGCUGUUAUAUGGCCUUGGCUGAACGCCGUGACUGCAAAGACUAUGUCAGUGUAUUUGUGUGUGACGACUGGCAUUUACUCAGGCAUUUUGAGACUGAGACACAGGACCUGGCAGGGCUGGAGUGGUCUCCCAAUGGAUGUGUGCUGGCAGUGUGGGAUAGCAGUCUGGAGUACAAGGUGUUGCUGUAUUCGUUGGACGGCCGGUUGCUGUCGACCUACAGUGCCUAUGAGUGGUCGCUGGGUAUCAAGUCUGUGACCUGGAGCCCCAGCAGCCAGUUCCUGGCCAUUGGCAGCUAUGAUGAAAAAGUGCGCGUUCUCAAUCACAUCACAUGGAAGAAGAUUACACAGUUUGAGCAUCUAGCGACCAUCAACAACACAAAAGCAGUUGUGUAUAAGGAAGUGGAGAAAAGGCCAACUGUUCGCAGUGAUAACCUGUCUCUACACAACAUCACAAUUGGCACCAACCUCUUCAACACACAGAGCAAAUACGAGAUCUGCCCACCGCCAGUCCAGAUUCCUGUAGUAAAACCAGACCCGGACCGAGCCAACCCCAAGAUUGGUGUCUCUACUUUGGCAUUCAGCUCAGACAGUCGCUAUCUAGCCACCAAAAAUGACAACAUGGCCAGUGUUGUCUGGGUGUGGGACAUGCAGAAGAUGAGCCUGGAGGCUGUGCUGGAGCAGACAUCGGCCGUGCGAUGCUUUCAGUGGGACCCCCUACGCCCCCGGCUGGCACUGUGUACAGGCAACACCAAACUCUACCUCUGGUCCCCGGCAGGCUGCGUUUCUGUCCAAGUCCCCACUGAAGGUGGUUUCCAGGUCCAGUCACUAAACUGGCACUGCGGUGGAGACUCUCUGAUCCUGCUCGGGAAGGAGCAGCUGUGCUUGUGCUACAUGGACACUGACCAGGUGGACAAGUAAAACACACAAAAACACAGGUCUCAAGAAUAACUGGAUUACAGCUCUGGUUUAUGUACCCAUACACACUUGGCCGGGAAUGUGUCAAGGGGAUGACCAAAAGACUGGUUGGAGCACUCCUCCUCAAAAUCUCAACGUUCACAUGUUGAACUGUUGCUGCUCGCCAAGGUUUGAAGGCCCUCAGUGCCGGUUACUGGGAUGUUCCUUUUCUUGUCUACUUAAAAACGUGUGCAAAACCUGCCAUGACAUUCCUCCUGAGAGACAUAGAAUGAAUAAAUAUCAGUGUUUAAAUAACCAAAUGGACACGGAAGCACUCGUUUCAAACACUGAUAGUUGUAUACAGAUUUGUUUUAGAGAUUUCACUGUACUUUUAGGUAUGUUGUAUGUGUUUUACAUUGAAAUUGUGUAAUUAUUUUUGAAUAAAUGUUGUCAUAAAUAAUGCA